CGACAACGGUUAAACAUGAAGCUCUGGGUCUGCGCCGUGCCACUAGUUGUACUUCUGUCCGCCUUGGCAAAUGCUGCCUCCAUUGGCCAGGACGAGAGAGUGCGUUAUGACAACUAUUCGGUCUACAAAGUGAAAUAUGCCAAUGCGCUUCAAAGAAGUGUGUUGCUACAAUUGGACGAGGAAUCUAAUGACUUCAAUCUGUGGCAUGAGGCCAGCGACCAAGUGCAUGUGAUGGUGAGCCCAAAGGCUAAGCUCGAGUUUGAAGCAAGAAUGAGUCAAAUGAAUGCCAGUGCGGAGGUCUUGAUAGAAAAUGUGCAGAGCCUAAUUCAAGAUGGCAGCGAUGGGGCAUUAAGAGAUAGCAGCUUUGGUUGGACCAGCUACCACACAUUAGAGAAAAUUGAGGCUUGGUUGGAUGAGAUACUGGCCUCGUAUCCAGAAAUAGUCACAGGUUUUUUGGUUGGUCAGUCGUAUGAGGGUCGCGAUAUACGCGGCAUAAAGAUUUCUUACAAGUCGGGCAAUCCCGGAGUUUUUAUAGAGUCCAACAUACACGCCCGCGAAUGGAUAACAUCGGCCACAGCCACCUGGUUCAUUAAUGAGCUGUUGACCUCCAGCGAUGCUGCGGUGCGCGACUUGGCCGAGAAUCAUGACUGGUACAUUGUGCCAGUGUUUAAUGUGGACGGAUUUGUAUACUCCCACGUAAAGGAUCGGAUGUGGCGCAAGUCACGCAGUCCUUCGGCUGGCUCCACCUGCAUUGGCGUGGACUUGAACCGGAACUACGACUCGCAUUGGAUGGAAAACGGGGGUGCCUCGGAUAACCCAUGUGCAGAGACUUAUGCCGGCCUGAGCGCUUUUUCUGAGCCCGAAACCAAGGCCCUGUCCGAAUACAUUAGUGGCAUUAAGGACAAGGUGAACGUAUUGUUCGCAUUUCACUCAUAUAGCCAGGUGCUGCUCUCGCCAUAUGGGCAUACGGACGAGGAAUUCCCAGACAACUACGACGAUCUUUUGCAAGUGGCCAAGGCCUAUGCCGAUGCUGUCAACUCCUUGCAGUAUGGCACUACCUAUAGAUACGGCUCAUCAGCGGAGGUCUUAUGCUGCACCAAUGACUGGGCUUAUGUGAAGGCGGACAUUGAAAUUUCGUAUACCAUUGAGUUUCGGGACACUGGCCACCACGGCUUCCUUCUGCCCCCAACUCACAUCAUUCCGAAUGCCGAGGAAACACUGGCCGGCAUAACGGCAUUGCUCGCUGAGUCCAGGGAGCUAGGCUAUCUAGAGCUGAAGUACGACCUGUAGAUCGUAGACCUGUACCAGGCCAGGUUUCAAUAAACGCAUUUUAAUGGACAACUA